UCAGAAUAUACCGGUUAUAAGUGAUCAACCAGGAUCAAUUAUUUAUCGUGAUUGGAAUGAUGGAUUAUGUGGUUGUGGAAAUGAUAUUCAUACAUGUUGUUGUGUAUUUUUCUGUUAUUCAUGUUCAGUAUGUUUAAUGUAUCGUGAUUAUGGAGAAUGUUGUUGUGCACCAUUAAUUGUACCCGCAUCUGAAUUUGUACUGGGAACACAACAUCGUGCACGUCAAAGAAUUAAAGGUGGAAUAGCAUCAGAUUGCUGUCAGUGGAUAUGGUGUUCUUCAUGUUAUGUAUGCAGACUAAGAAGAGAUAUGAACUAUACAUUAAGCCAACUAGGCACUUUAAUUUAGGCAUCCAUGUAUUACUUACAAAUACGAUAAAUAUCUAUGUACGUAUAAACAGACACCUAAUUUCGAUUUGUAAUUUAACAUGAACAUUUCCCUAUAAAU